UGUAGAGCGAAGAAGAGCCCUGCCAUGCCCGGUUCUCCUGUGGAUGCUAAGACUCAUUCCAGAUCAGCCCCCUGCAGCAGCGCCAGCUCCACGAUGCCCCCCCUGCCUUCCGUCAACCCCAAGGGCCCUCCCCCGCCCCCUUUUUCCCCCCAAGCGGGAAAACCCCCCCCCCCCCCCCCCCGCGCCUCCCAACUGACCAACGGGAAUCACCAUUCCCCGCCAACCCUGAACGCGGUGCCGUCCCCGCCGCAGCGCUACAGCAACGGGCCGUCGUCCUCCUCUUCCUCCUCGCUGGCCAACCAGCAGCUGCCGGCCACGUGCGGCGCCCGCCAGCUGAGCAAGCUGAAGCGCUUCCUGACCACGCUGCAGCAGUUUGGCAACGACAUCUCCCCCGAGAUCGGAGACAGCGUCCGCAGCCUCGUCCUGGCCCUCGUGAAUUCCACCGUAACCAUUGAGGAGUUCCAUUCGCGGCUUCAGGAGGCCACGAACUUCCCCCUGCGGCCCUUUGUUAUUCCUUUUCUCAAGGCCAACCUGCCCCUUCUGCAGAGAGAGCUCCUCCACUGUGCACGGGCAGCCAAGCAGACCCCAGCCCAGUACUUGUCCCAGCAUGAGCAUCUCCUGCUGAGCACCACCAUGGCCUCGUCCCCGGACUCCUCGGAGCUGCUGAUGGAGCCGCCGGAGGCCGUCACCAAGAGGCACAGCCCCAACAGAGCCAAAGAGAACGGCUUCCACGAACGCGAGCGUCCGCCCCCGGCCAUGGAGCCGGCCGCCAAACGGAUUUGCACCAUCAGCCCCGCGCCCCGACACAGCCCCGCCCACCCGCUGCCCCUCAGCACCCAGCUUCACCCGACCCCUCCGCCGUUGCAGCACUACGCCCUGGACGACAUCGCGGCGCCGCACAUCCUCCACCGCGAGCACAGCCAGCGCAUGUUGGAGAUCCGCGAGCUCAAAGACCGGCCCAGGCUCCCCGGCACUAACGGGGGCUAUCGAGAGGAGCCGGUGGACCACAGACUGACAGACAGAGAGUGGGCUGAUGAAUGGAGACAUCUGGACCACGUGUUGAACUGCAUCGUGGACAUGGUGGAGAAGACGCGGAGGUCGGUGAGCGUGCUCAGGCGCUGCCAGGAGUCGGAUCGCGAGGAGCUCAACUACUGGAGGCGGCGUUCGAGCGAGCAGGAGGACCCGCGCAAAGGAGGCUCCGGCUCCGCUCCCUUCUCAAAGACACACAGCCCCCACUCUGCAGAGUCGGACUCCCAGCGCGACUUUGCACCACGGCCAGGCUCGGCAUACGUUACAGACGAGAUCUGGAGGAAAGCUGAAGAAGCGGUGAAUGAGGUGAAGCGUCAGGCCAUGGACGAGGUUCAGAAGGCGGUGGCGGAGGCCGAGCAGAAGGCUUUCGAGAUGAUCGCCUCCGAGAGGGCCAAGAUGGAAAAGACUCUGCUCGACGCCAAGAAGAAGGCCAAAGAAGACGCCGUCAUGGUCAUCAACGAGCAGGAGGACUCCAGUGAGUGUUGCUGGAACUGCGGCCGCAAAGCCAGCGAGACGUGCAGCGGCUGCAACGCGGCGCGCUACUGCGGCUCCUUCUGCCAGCACAAAGACUGGGAGAGGCACCACCUCAUCUGCAGCCCGGGACUCCAGGCUCAGCCCAAGCCGGCGUCUGCCGUCAGCGCCAGCAGGGCGGCGGCAGCGGCCGGCGUGUCUCUGGCGGGUCCGGCCGGGGCCAAGGCCCCCGACGGCGUCCCCUCGGUGUCCAGCCCCGGCGGGGAUAAGGCUUCGGUCGCCUCCCGCUCCUCCACCCCUUCGACCCCCGCCUCGGCCCCUGAAGCCAAUGGACACUAGGGGGGGGGGGGUCACCUGUCCUCUUUCCUCGUCGGGGAGGAAGUGAAUCGGCAGCCGGAGGAAACUAUUUGUGAGAGAAGUUAGGCGAGCAGAUUUUUUCGUCACACUCUUUGGCAGAAAGAAGUAACAGAUUAUGGACGACUGUUUGAGUGAUAUGUCAACUGGGACUUUGGCUUUGGCAGAGAACAGAAGGGAACGCGUCCAUUGGACGAACAGAUCUCCGUAACAGAUGGAAACGUGUUUGUCUUUGUCCCAAAAAAAACCCUCCCAACCAAAUCUUGGAUCUGCAAGGGACGGG